GAUAAUUUGGAGGUAAAAUUUCAUAUAUUUCAAAAGUGGGACUCAUCGGGAGGGAACAAUGCCCAAACUUAAGAAAAAUAAGAAGAAUGCCACUAAAGUCCCCAUGGAAAUGGUGGAUGACAAUAUCAAAAAUGUCAUUGGGAAAUUGUUUGUUACCUCCUUCACAAGAAUUCACCAAAUCAUCAAGGAAGAUGUGGUUAAAAUGUUUGAGGACGAAUACAAAUGGGCAGAUGAACUGCUAGAAGAAGUUAAACGAGAGUUUUCAAGCCCUGUCAGCAAGAUCAAGCUAUUGCCAAAGACCCCCUCUGCUAAGCGAAAGAGGGGACGCAUAAGGAAGGAAACGGUCAUCGAAGAAGAAAGAAACUGA